AUGUCGAAAGGAAUCGACGGGGAACCGAUUUGCGAGAUGGACACCGAAGAUGGAUUCACUGAGGUGCAAUUCGUCUUCCGUGCCUAUUUGAUGCCGUUCACUUACCUUUUCGGAAUCAUCGCCAACACCAUAAAUGUCAUCAUUUUCUCACACAAAAAGAUGCGAAAUCAGCUGGUGAAUUGGUUUUUCCUUAUUCUUUCCAUAUCGGAUAUCUUUGUGCUCUUCUCGUCCUUUUUCGUCUUUUCACUGCCCGUUUACGCCGAAUACUCGGGAAAUGCUGAAAGUCUCCGGAUAUCGGCCGUUCUGAUCGUCUAUUUCUAUCCAAUCGCGCAAACCUCAUUGACGAUGUCAGUCUAUUUGACGAUACUUGUCUCAACACAUCGAUAUCUCGGCGUAUGUCAUCCAUUCUUGAUCCGACGAAUCUCGAAUCGGAGUGUCGUUCGCGGGGUGAUCAUUUUCGCGAUCGUUUUCGCCAUUUCAUUCAACAUUCCCCGGUGGUCUGAGUUGACUUAUAUGCCUUGUUCACAUAAAGACACAAAAAAAGAAACCCUCGUGGUGAUCCCAACCGAAUUCAUGAUCGGCCCAUGGUACACUUUGAUUUAUCGAAAUGCCGCCUACACGAUUGUCAUGUUUUUCUUGCCGUUUGCUGUGCUUAUCAUGUUGAAUGUGCGAAUUGUGAACACGUUGAGGAUGUCAAAUCGCCUCCGACGCCAAAUGACAAUCCAGCAAACGGCGUGCAAGAGCUCCCGUUUCCCGGGCAUUAAACCAUCGGAAACAGGAAUCCUUGAGAAAAAGAAGUUGUCCAUCAAAUCCGGUACACUCAUUGUUCCAGAACGCCGUGAUCACGGUGUGACAAUCAUGUUGGUGGCGAUGACAUGUGAAUUUCUUCUCUUCAAUCUUCUAGCUUUCGCGAACAAUAUGUUAGAGUUAACUGGAGCAACUUCAGGCAAUUCUCGGAUAGAGACGUUUUUGGUUGAGAUCUCCUCCUUACUUGUGAAUAUAAACGGAGCGUCAACGAUUGUCGUCUACAUGAUAUUCGGCAGCAAAUAUAGAGCCAUAUUUUUAAAGUGGAUCGCCGGCUCAAAAUUCACCCGUUUGGCCGUUCAAGCCGGUGCCCCGUCAUUCUUCUCAUUGGGUCCAAAUGAGACGACACAACUCAUCACAAAUGCAUCCACAUAUGAUCGAACGAGAGGCAGAAGG